GGCGCUCCGCGGCUAGGGGGAAGGAGAAGAGAUCAGGAGCGGGAGCUGAGGGAGGGAGAGGCCGGUCUGGGUCUGGCCGCUGCCACUGCUCGCCCGAGGUCUCCAGGCCGGGCUGCGGCUCCGUCCUCGGCUGCUGGGCACCGUCUGCGAGGCUCCGCCGGGUCAGCGUGGGAGAGUCGCGGGCGGCGACCGCCGCAUCAUGUCAGCCAAGGACGAGCGGGCCAGGGAGAUCCUGAGGGGCUUCAAACUAAACUGGAUGAACCUCCGGGAUGCUGAGACAGGGAAGAUACUGUGGCAGGGGACGGAAGACCUAUCAGUCCCUGGCGUGGAGCAUGAAGCCCGUGUUCCCAAGAAGAUCCUCAAGUGCAAGGCAGUGUCUCGAGAAUUGAACUUCUCUUCAGCAGAGCAAAUGGAAAAAUUCCGCCUGGAACAAAAAGUUUACUUCAAAGGGCAAUGCCUAGAAGAAUGGUUCUUCGAGUUUGGCUUUGUGAUCCCCAACUCCACGAACACCUGGCAGUCCCUGAUAGAGGCGGCGCCCGAGUCCCAGAUGAUGCCUGCCAGCGUGCUGACUCUUUAGCAUGGCACUGCUUUCAUCUCUGCUUUUUCUGGAACGUGAACUCGGCCCCAGGAGUGGGAAGAAAGACAUUUAUCAGACCACAGGAUCACAACUAUCUUUAACUCCAGAGAUGGACUCAUAGAUCUUGUGGUUCCUGAUGCUUCGGUUGCUGCUUUCCAAGAAGGUUACAACGUACCCAAACAAGACCCGAGACCUUAACGUUUGUCUUUUAGACAUGGUACCUAGUGGUUCUCUUCCAGCACAUAGAUGCGCCUAUUGUUGGUUUGUUAACUUUUUCCAUACCUUCAUGCUGCACGUUUGUUCAGGAGGUUAGGGUUAGCGGAGUAGGGACUCAUAUUCCUCAGUGAGAGAACAGAAGUUACAAAAUGGAGAAAAGACUCUCCUUCGAGUGACGUGGAGAAUGAUGGGAACGCACCUGCGGUGGGGUGGGGUGGGGUGGGGUGCCGGAGGCCUCCACGCCGGUCAGGAGGUGGUGUGGCCGGUGUGCUGGGGGAGGGAGUGAUCCUAUCUGCCUGCGAGUCUGACGUGAGAGAGAAGGGUUCUUUUCUGGGAACUCAGCUGACCUGCCCGCGGCCUUCGCUGUCCGUCACAAGAUCCAGCAGUGAGGUCUGGAGCCGGAGAGGAGGAGCCUGCACCAGGAGAGGGCCCUCUGUGGUGUGGCCCUGCCCUCAGAUGCCUCCUCUCCCUCUGUUGCCGAAGGGUCUGUUUGCCCCUGUGACGGGGACAGAAGUACGUUUUUAGCAUACUCUCGCCAUCUUUCAGUGGUAAUUCUGUUCCUCACAUGAGGGCUGCUCUCUUCAAAAGCUGGUUUUUAAGUACCAAGACUGGAUUAAAAAAACAACAACAGCAAAGGUA